AUGAAUGGGAGGUCAUGCAGUAUGAGCCACUGGACAACAAGUAUUCCUCAUGGACCUGGAAUGACCAGUGGACAGCAAAUCCUACGUAUCAGAGUAUAUGCAGGAGCACCCUGCCUAUCUUCAGUUAGCAGCAGCCCAAGCCCAGCUGUUGGAAACUUCUCUGCCAGCCUACACUUAAAGAUGCCCCUUGGAGGAGUGAUAUCUCCUCAGAGCAACAUUACUGAUAGUACUAUUAACUUUCCUGUUAUAAAUAUCAGGAAACAAGUGGUUGGUAUGUCUUUAUUACAAGUCCCACAGCUUCCAGGACUGCCAGUCCCUCAGACUUUAAAGCCAAAACAGCAAGAAUUUGGAAGUACAUUCUCCCCAUGCACAGGUGAAGGAGGUCUUGGCUAUGGACACCAGUUCAAGUCCAUUGGAAAAGGCAGCUGCAGUAAUGUAGUCACCGACAGUCCCAUGAGAGUUCAACAGCUGGGACCUGUUUCACCUCCUGCUAACCAGGUUUCAGCAGCAUGCAACCAGAUCAGCCCUGUCUUACAGAGGUCUAUGGAUGCUUCCAGCCUGAGUGCUUCUCCAUCAGAUACAAGGUUGUUCUUGUCACGUGAGUCUCUGGCCUGUACGACAUUAAGCUUGUCAGAAAGUCAGUCCACUCCGAGUCUUAAGCAAGACUGGUCGCAUGGGUACAGGACACUUCCUUCUGUUCCUCCUGACCCACGUUUACAAAAUGGCAGUGAACUGAGGGACUUACUAAGUCUUUCACCUGUGACAUCUGUGUCCAAUAACUGUGUCUCUAACUCAUUACCGUCCUACUUACAUGGCAUGGAAAAUAAUCAUUCCUCCUACUCUAGUCCUCGCCAUUCCUUGGCCCGGUCUCAAUCGGCCCGAUCCAAAAAGAGAGGACUCUCUCUCUCUCCUGUGUCAGACAGCAUUGGGAUCGACUUCAAUACAAUCAUCCGUACAUCCCCAACCUCUCUGGUGGCCUACAUCAACAGCUCCAGGACUUCACCAGCAAAAGUCUCCCCACAGCCUGAGGUCUAUGGGCAUUUUUUGGGAGUGAAAGGAAGCUGCAUACCCCAGAGUUGCUCUAUUCCAACUGCCCAGAAAGGCCUUCUCAUGGCUAAUGGCAACAUCACCUUUCCAGGGUACGCUGAGAAUGGGGUUGGUGAGUACCAGCGGAUGCAGCAGCUGGAGCAAGCCAGCCUGCAGACGGCUGCCACAAGUAACAUGAUCAUCCAGCAAAUUGUGCCAUUUGUGGACAACCAGGUGGUGAGUGUCCUGAAAAAUGAACAGCUUGUUGAGUUUGCAGGCCAUAUGGUCGACAUGCCUCCUCCAUCCCUGCUACUGCCACCUGCUCCACAAGGGCCACCCCCACCAUACCAUGCUCACCAGCACCAGCAUCCACACAGCCUCACCAGUCACAUCCACCCUCUGCCCAUGCCUCCAUCUGCCCCAGGCUCCCUGCUUGAUGAAGACAGUGAGCUCGAUGAUAUCAGUGGCAAGCAUGGCUGUUGCUGGGGUGACUGCAAUGCCCGGUAUGACCAGCAAGAGGAACUUGUGCGGCACAUAGAGAAGAUGCACAUAGACCAGAGGAAGGGAGAAGACUUCACUUGCUUCUGGGUAGGCUGCCCACGAAGGUACAAGCCAUUUAAUGCUCGUUAUAAACUGCUAAUUCACAUGAGGGUCCACUCAGGAGAGAAGCCAAACAAAUGCACAUUUGAGGGUUGCAAGAAAGCCUUUUCCAGACUAGAAAAUCUCAAGAUUCACUUAAGGAGCCAUACAGGGGAAAAACCAUACCUGUGUCAGCACCCUGGCUGCCAGAAAGCAUUCAGCAACUCCAGCGACCGUGCCAAGCACCAGAGGACACACUUGGACACUAAACCUUAUGCAUGUCAGAUUCCAGGAUGUACUAAACGAUACACAGAUCCAAGUUCCCUGAGAAAGCAUGUGAAAGCCCAUUCUUCCAAAGACCAACAAGUCAGGAAAAAGUUGCGAUCGAGCUCAGAGCUUGGCCAGGACAUCCUGAAUGACUGCCUCACAAUCCCACCCCUCCAGACAGCCCUGUCACCACAGGAUGCUGCAGAUAGUACCAUGGGAUGCUCUCCAGGGCCUGUUCAUGAUAUUUACCCAGCAGCCAUGUUCACCAGCACACAGACAAGUCGAAGUGGAACAGCAGCUGGGGCAGUGUCCUUGUCCCACCCCAGCAGCCACCCCUCCUCAGGACAUAACAUACAGGGUAGUCCUCUCCAUCCUCAACCCCAGUUACCUCUUCUCUCAGCUGUGGACUCAGAGAGGUUUGCAGCUCCAGCUCCUCCUCCUCACCACAUCAGCCCCCAGAGAACUUCAGUUCCACAUCCCACAAUGCAGAGACGGACUCUGCAACCUCCUCUUCAGCAUCCUGCAGGAAUGCCUCUAAAGACAUACCAGCCAGCAGCAAACACUUCUUGUCAACUGAGUAGCCCCCACAUCCAAGGUUUUUAUGGACAGCUUCAGACUUUCUGCCCUCCACAUUAUGCUGACACUCAGAAGAACAUACAACAUGAUGUUUCUUGCAAUGUGGUUCCUACUUUUGAAGACUGCUUAAUUCCCACAUCAGUGGGACAGCCAGGGCUUGGCAUUUUCCAUCGAACUUUUUCAGCUCAUACUGGUAUUACAGUUUAUGACUUUCCGGCAGGGUCCACAAGUAUCUUUGGUGAGUCAGCUCACAGCAUUCCAGAGGAUAGCAGUUUUCUACAAGUAAAUGCAGUGGAUCGUUGUUCUAGCCAGCUUUCCUCUGUCUACACUGAAGGCUGAAGUAAUAUAAGUCUAGCAGGAAGAACUGAAUUAAUUUCAUCUUGCCUUUCUGAUAUUUUUCUAUGAAUUUUUUCUCUCCAUGAAACUGCUUUGUAUGUAUGGGGAUAUAGGUUGAUAUACAUACAUAAUGGAGAGGAAAAAAACAAUCAGCAAGCAUUCAUUGUGUAAUAAAGCAGUCAACUGAGAAGGAGAAUAUUUGGAGAAAGUAAGCUUUGCCAAAACCUUAGCAAUAAAUUCUCUUCAUCUGGGACACAGCAACUCCACUUCUUUUUUUGUUCUUUCUUCUUUUUAUUUUCUCAAAGGGAAUUCACAGACUGAAUAAGAAAACUGCUUGUUGACUGUAAUCCUUUCAAGCUGAAUGGGUGGACUUCUUGAAGAACACAGCUAUAGAAAAUUCCUUUAAAAAAAAAAAAAAAAAAAAGGAAAAGAACUAAAACCAGACCAUACUCCAAGCAGUUCAAAGGAACACAGCUUUUUGCACAACCUGCUCACAUGUGAUGCUUCCAAAGUGAAACACACACCAACAUCAAAAAGGGAGAGAAAUAAGACAUAUGUCUUGGCACUACCCAGUGGAGGCAUUGGUGUGGCUUCUUUUUGGAGUCAAAGAUUCUUACAGGUCUAUGUUUAAGUGUCUUUUGCUUCCCUCUGUAUUUUAAGCCAUACAAUAUGGCCAUUGCUGUUUUUCCAAUAUUCCUUCUGACCCAGUGCUUUAUGCAAUGAAUAAGAAGGGUUAAAUGCACUACAUGAGGAGGUAUACAGACUUUGUCUAUAUUUAGCACUGCUGCUAGAUAAAAGUGUUUUCUCUUUCUCUUUAUUUUUAAUUGUAUUGUAUAAAUUUGUUGCUGUAUGUGCUGUAGUUCUUUGUAUGAAGGUUUAAAACACCCUGUAGAAAAUACUGUCUUCCUUAAAUUCCACAGAUUUUUUUAAAAAAAUAAUCUGUAAUGUUUCAGUUAAAUUUUAGUUGCCCUAACAUUUUACAUUUCCAGAACACCUUUUUGGGAAGAAGAGCUACUCGUAUUUAGAGAUGUAAACUUGAACUGGUUGGGUGGUUUUGAUUUUCCUACUCAAUGUGAGGCUCUAGACCUCAAAUUUAGUCCAGGAUGCAAGUAGAUGAGGUUGCCCUUCAUGAAAGAUAAAAGGGUAUGAGUUACAAACAAUAUUUUGCAGUGGAAAUGUGUUACCAUUGUGAUCCUUCUUAGUUUGAGAGCAACUUUUAAAUUAUGUAACACUUUGUUUUUAGGUUAUUAAUCUCUGUGCAUCCAUUUGGUAUACUUCUUACUAUGUAGUGUGCAUCUUAAUAUUCUCAUGACCUGAUUUAAUAAGAAGGAUAAAAAUAAAAAGUUCAUUCUUGCAGGCUGGACCACAACCAUGCUUCUGAAAUCGCUCUGCUAGAAAGAUGAAUUUUAAAUAAUAUUUAUACAGCAUUUUCUUUCUCUGAGAAGCUUUUGAGAGCUGUUGAGUGCAGUUUGGGUCAAUUUAAUUAUUUAAUUUUCCAUUAUCUUGCAUAGAAGAAUUUAUGUCAAGUUUCUUAUACACGCUGACAAACUUUUGAGAUUUAUAUUAAUGAAGAAUAUUCUUAUACACAAGCACAAGUGCCUAUAUAUUUAAUGGAGAUAUUUUCAUUCAACAAAAGAAAAGUAUGGAUAAACCAUGCACAUAAAUUAUGUACAGUAAAGAAGUAAUAUGGCUUAAAUACAAAUAGUACUGUACUAAAUUCUUUCCCCUUUUAUUCUGCUUCUCUUGAAGUGAAUGUGUUCCUCUGCUUCAGCUUGCAAUGGCAGGUUUAAUUGUUACUAUGUGUUUUGCAUUGUGUUAAAUGACAUCAGGCUUCCCUACACAGCUGUCCCUUCACAGUCAGAAAGACAGUCCUUUUGCAUCAAAGGGUGAUCUGACCCAGUGCGUUGACAAUGAGUUUCGCUUUUUAAUAAAGCUUUAAUUUUGUACUAUCUGCCCCUUUCUGUGGUCACUGCACAUGAACUUCAUUCAGCAGAAAUAAUUAGGCAUGCUGAAGACUUUGAUUUCAAAUGUGCAGGACUAUGUAUUUUUCCUCUGAAGUCAGUAAGGGCAGGAUCAGGCCUCGAGUGUACAUGCACACGUAUCUGUACAUGCAUACUUGUGUUAUAUAUAUAUCCUUCAAGGUUCUUUUAACCACAUGGUUGUCUGGAAUUUGUCAGUUGCUGUGUAGAAAACUGAAAUAUUGCUGCUGACUUCAGAUCUGUACCACCUUGACCUGUAAAUAUUUUGAAAUGUUUUCUCUAGUAUCUUAAUGUACAAGCUGUCAGAGAGGGGGCUUACACACCAUGAAAGAUCCUGACCAAAGGAGAAGUGGUAAGGCAAAAUUCAAAAAGGUGAUUCAUAAUUUGGGGGUUCAUCAGUUACAUUUAAAAAAGGAAACUGUUACAAGUCAUUCAUUCAUAUAUAUAUAAAUAUAUAUAUCUAAAAUUGUGUGUGUGUCUGCGUGUCCAUGUCCGUGUGUCUGUGUAUACACACAGCUUUCUAGGAGCCUUAAUCUUACAAAGAAGGAGCUAGAGUGCAGUCAAAUUAAGCACAUGAGAGUGGGCUACCAGUCUGUAAAAAGGUAUGCCUUUGUUUACUUCAGUGUUAAAGACAAAGAGGAUUCUUUGUGAUUGUUGCAUUAUUCUCUUGCAUUAUUGCAUUAUUCUCACUCCUCUCUGAGGAGUCCAGCUGACUUUGGGGGAUCAGCUUAUAUCACUGAAGGUAAUUAUAUUAAAAAGAACUACUUUAUCUCAUGUAUUUUGGGUAUUUAAAUAGGGAAUUGUGUUUGUCACAUGUUACAGUGAAAAAUGGUGCUUGUGAAAAUACAUAGCCUAUGCCUAUGAGUAACUACUCACUUAUAUGAGAAUACUUGUGCCUCAGUGAUUUUGUGUUGUUAUUCUACUUGGUGGAUUGUUAACUUUCUAAAGGGAUUCAUAUCUAAGAGAUAAAGUUGUUUUAGACUAUGAACAUUAAACAUUCUAAUGAAUUUUUUUACAGUCAUUCUUUUAUACA